AUGGGGGUCGACACCCGCAGACCCAUGCUCCCCGCUCCCACAGAAUCCCUCGUCGAUACCACGGGCGGCAGUACUACGGGCACAGAUCUGGCAACUGACCUUUCUCGCCGCACAGACAAGACGUCGUACGAGAUCCCGGACGACGGUAGCCCCAUCACUGUCUCCACCCGGCGCCAUCGGGACCGGGACGACAAACUGUCGCGCUCACAUCGAGACUCGCAAACCUCCCUGCUGAUCGAGUACUUCGAAGGCGGGAAGGAAUCCGGUGGCGUGGUUUCCAGGCCCAGCGUGCGAGUUCGAGUGACUCCCUCCGGGGCCCGCAAGUUCAAGGAUAAGGAUCGUAUCCAGAUCACCGAGUCUAGCAGUCGCAAGCCCUCAUACACCCGGCGCAUCUCUUUUACCUCGCCCGGUUCCAAAUCGAAGCAAGUGGGCGAGCCCGCGGAUGACCAGAGUCUCAGCGAAAGCAACUCGGCAGACGAAGAAAGUCCAACCUUGUCGCGACGACCGCCCGUGGAAAUCGAAUUUGUAAAUCGCGAUCACGGGAGUGAGCUCUCCACUAUCUCGCGCGAUACCAGAUUCGUGCUUCCAUCCUCCGACAUCUCGUCCAUGCCCGCCGACAGCAUGCUCGACGCUACUUCCUCGGCCGGUCCCCGGCGCAAACGCAGCCAGAGCCUGGAGCGAGAGUCCAAUCGCAAAGACAAGGAUUUGCUGAAAACACCAUCUCGACAGCGCAGUCGCAGCCUUAGCAAGGAGCGCAUUGCCCAUCGAGUCGCCGAGAAAUUGAGCGGGUCACCCCAAGAAGUGCCUGGCAAACACAGACACAAGCACAGGACCAAGAGCUCCCGGAAGGAUUAUUUGGAGGCUGAGCCCAAAUCAUCCCGUCGGAAGCACCAUGAAGACGACAUCAUUCCCAGUCCCGAAUCCAGCUUGCUGAGCACCUCCGCCGUCUCGUCCAACCGCAGGUCUGGUGAUCAGUAUUCGAUUCGCUCGGGCGCCUCCAAAUCCUCCAUCAACAACCCAAAACUCUUGGAGACGGUCGAAGAUGCCAUUCGACGAUUGAUCCUGCCUGAGCUCAAGGAGCUCAAGAAAGACCAAAAAGUCAUGAACAAUACAAACAAGUUUGAGCGAGAUCGAGAGCGCGAUAUGAUGACAAAUUACUCAUCUACCAGCUCCAGAGAUGAACUGGGUCGACGCUUGUCCAAGCAUUCAAGUGCACCCGACAUCAUCAAGCCGAGAGUUGUCUUGAACAAGGACAGCAAGGAUGAGGGCAUUGUCCUCGCCGACUCCGGACCCCGAUCCAAGGACAUUCAAAAGGAUCUCACCAGGACACGUAAAUCCAGCAAAAGCAGUGAGACCUCUGAUAACGCGUGGGUGAAAUGGGGUCGGCCCGAGCUCUCUGAGCAGGAGAAGCUGCGGCGACAAAAGAGCAAAGGCCUUCGAGAUGCCCAGGCCGCUGGACGUGUGGGCUCCGCUCUGACAGCGGUGUCUCUCAAGCAUCACGACUCCCAGUCUAGCCUGGGACCAACGGAGCGAAGGGACAGCGGCUCUCGCAUGAGCGUCGAGGAUUUCAACGUUAAUGAGACUGAACUGGUUUUCAACAAGCACAACGUGCCUCGAAUGCCCAUGCACAGCGAGAUUGAUUCUGAACUGACCAGGGCGUCCCUACUGUCAGAACGCACCGAGAGCCCCGGCCCGAACCAGAAUGUCCUGCAUGGUGAGGUGCUUCGCGGGUCUCCUCGACAACUCGGUUCUCCCGCCUCGCGGACGCCGACGCGAACUCCCUUGAACGGUGGACAUGAGUUGGCUAUGCGCCAUGGAAACCAGUCGCAGCGCGAUCUCUCUGUCCACAGCACCUCUGACCGCGACUUGCGUGGCAAGAGUCAGUCGCCGGGCACUGACCAUGGUGACUGGGCUAUUGCCGCUGCCGCUGCCGCCAACCUGCUUGAUGCUGCCCACCCCACCCACGAGGAUCGGUAUGAAGCUGGCCGAGCUCUGAGUCCUAUUCAAAGCGUGGCCAGUGAUCAGACUGAGACCUACGGCCAGCACAAAACUCAACAUCUUUCUGAAGUGCAACGUGAGAUGGAACCCCGCCUCUCCAUUGAUUCUUUGUCUUCUGCGCCAAGCACCAACCUAGCCCGAUCUACUCGAAAUGGCGCCAGCCCCCACAGCCAGCAGGGUGAUUAUCAGCAUGGCGAAGAAGGCCCCGAGCUUGGAUAUGAGCAGUCGCGGCACGCCUCCGAGGAAGACCUGUAUGGACCUGAUGAGGAAUCCCGACGUUCGCUGGGCUACGACGACAGCGAAGUCGAUUUCAUGGAUAAGGUCAAGGAGGGCCAGCAUGUCGCAGAAGGCGUGGCCGCCAAUCCCCAGUUCGUUCACCUUGUGGGUGUGGAGUCUGCCGUCGCGUCCUUGAUGGAUCCCUCUGUCCUCGAGUCCCAAUCGUCGGGCCAUUCUGGCAAUCGCUCUCAGACCGAAUUCGAGCGUGCAGGUAGCAGAAGCCCCGAGAAGCGCGGUAGCCCUCUGAAGCAAGUCCAAGAAGCGCCUAGUCUCGACGAGACCUCUUUCCCUCGACGAAUGGGCGUCACAUCGCCGCCUCAGAGUGUCACUCAGUCCAUCGAGGAUCUGGAGGAAGCGGGUAUGGCUGCUGCUGCAGCACGCGGCCUUGAUAGUCCUCUCCCCGAUGCAGAGGUGCGCAGUCAAGAGUCCGAGUCGGAGAUCAACACCAACCCAUCAAUCAUUCAGGGUCCCAUUGGCGGCGUUGCUCCAGUAACUCAGGAUCACUGGGGUACAGCACCCGUCUCUUAUUACGAUUCCCCAGCCGCUCAAGCUGGCGGUGCCAAGGAUCUGGCUCAGGGCCAGCGCAGCCUCGAUGCGGAGUACUAUGAAACUGCCCGGAACAUCUUUGGUGGCGAUGACUACUUCGUUGAGCAGCAUGACGGCCAGCUCUUUGGUACGCCUCCUGGCGCCAAGGAUGAAGGCUACGUCUCGGCUGCAAACCCCAUGUCCCCCAGCAUUGGCACUCCCAAGCAAGCUAGCCGCGGCCUGGGUGCCGACGCUGCUGGGGCUGGUAUCUUCAGUAGCCCUGCCGAUGCGGAAGAUCCAUUUGCUUCGAAUCAUCAGCGCCAUUUCAGUGGAUACUCUCAUGGUGUUGCUUCGCCGCUUUAUGACAGUGCUACCGGCCGUGGAAUUGAGCGGAUCCAGUCCAAGGAUAUUGUCGCUCUGAUGGAUCACCUCACUGUUCGCGAUGCUCAACGGAACGCCAGAGACACCGAGAUUCUGGUCACUUUGGUCCGAAGCGCUGCUGAAAUGCGCACCUCGUUUGAGGAGAUGAAGAAGUUCAUCGCCCAACAGGAUGAGAUGCUUCAGGACUCUAGUGAUAAGCAGCACAGUCAGACUCUCAGGGCUCUCGGCGGACCGCGACCCUUACCGCCCAGUGGCUCUCGAAGCCGUCAAUUGAACAUGGAGGAUGAGGAGGAUCUCCAGUCCAAGCGGAAGAACAUCUUCAAGCGUGCUCUGAAGGGCUUGAGUCUGAAGUCUGGGAAUGACCUUGCCAAGAUUGAGAGCAUGCUGGAGCAGUUGCUAGAUGAGGUUGAGGCUCUGCGUGAAGGACAAGGCUUCACCAAUUCUCGCAAUGGUGCUCGCGGAGGCAGUGCUGACCCGAACGACCAUGACAUGGCUGGUCAAAACGGCGCUGCUCUGGGCAGCCGUUCUCCUUACCUGGGUAGCCCACGACCUGCCACUGCGGAUCAACGUGUCGAUACCGUCCCUGAAGAUGAUGACGAAGAUCUGGAGAUCGACGAAGAUGAUCCUUACGUGGCCGCCCAUCUCCCUGUUAAGGAGCCUGCACGUCAUGAGCGAGCUGGAUCCAUGCCUCUUUCUACGCCUCCUCGCAAGCCCGUGGCCACGGGAGCCCGUAGCACUGAGACGACCCCGAAGAACUCUGCCGACAAGGCCCGCAAGCACAAGUCGAGCAGUUCUUCGAUCUUCCCCAAGUUCUCACGUUGGUCCAAGACGACUGCCUCGUCAAUGGGCGACAACAUCCGCAACAGCAUCCAGCCUAACCGCAAAGAGCGUCCUUAUUCUGAAGUGUCCCGUUCUGGCUCGGACGUCGCCCAGGAUACCUACAAGACGGGUGACUACUAUGAUCCCGAGGGCGACGACCGCAUUCGGUCCACCUACACCCUCGAUCAACCGCAAGAGGAGAAUCGUCCUCCAUCCCCUCUGGUCCCCUCCCAAGUCUCUGAAGCGCCCAAAUACCGCGCCCACCGCGGCAGUCUGGAUCUACAGCACCCUCAGCCCCGCCAGGGUCCCACUGGCCGGUAUCAAAACCAGCUCGAGAGCCAAGCUCAGACCUACACCACCCCCACCUCUCCCAACUCUGAACAAUGGGGUUCUAACCCCAGCCUUCCGCCUGUGAACCCCAAUCAAAAUCGCUUCAGCGUGGGUAGCCGCCUCUCCCCCAUCUCUGACGCGGGCUAUUCAGAGACGAGCUCCCGCACUCCAGGUCCGCCUCGACCUCCCAAGGUCAAGGACACUGGACCACUCGUCCCCGAGCGGCCACCCAAGGUUUCCGAGAACGAAGACCAGACACAAGCACAAAGCUACAGUGGCGAUCGCGUUGCUUCAAGGAGCUCUGCCAUCCGCUCUCCACCUACCCGCAAACCAACGGGCCCUCGACCCCUCACAUCCGGUGGUACCUACAGCCCUAGCAACAUCAAGCGCACGCGCUACCGCGGCAGUCCGAUGCAGAUCGACUAUGACGAUAAUUACUGA